AGAGCGGCCAGGUCUCCACACACACACAGGACUAUGGGCAAGGAAGGGUAGGUGCGGAAUGCACACUUGCCUGCAACCAGCCUCCACGCACCACCAUCUCAUACCCUUCACUUCCCUCAAGUUCAUCCGCCUCUAGGCUGCCCCUCAGGCAAGCUAACGGGCCAGGCUGGCAGGAGACUGACCCCACGGGUACCAAUAGGCCAAUCCUAGGCAGCUCCUCCCAUCUCUUCUGUUCCCGUUGCAGCCCCAGCGCCCCGUUGUAGUUCCUAGAUUGUGGGUGCACGUCAUCUUUCAUGUAAAUGGGGAGGCUCUGGGGGCGUAUCCGAGCUUUGUGCUUGCCAUAGCCCCAGGGCACAGGGUCUCCUCUGGUGACAAUCAUUUUGGGGAUGAUUGUGAUGGAGAGGGGACCCCAGUUUGACUGGACUGGCACCUGUGGUUGGGUGUUAGGGGAGAUGCGGGAGUCGUCCCAUUGAAGAGAUGAGAAGGCGUGAAGAGGGGGUGAUGUGGAGAGUUAAAAGGAAAAGGGGGAAAAAAGGUCCUCAUCUCGCAAAGGGUGCCUGAGCAUUUGGGACAGUGACUGUUGCUGGCCGAUCCUUCUCCAGCCUUGGAAAGUCUAGGGGACCCUGUUGGGCAGCUGUAGCAUCCCUUAUUGUUGUUGUUGUUAACCCUGGCAGGAAAACAAACGAGAAGGAGCAAACGAGGUAAAGUGAAAAAGUGCCCAGGCUUGGGAUCGGGGGUCCAUAGGAAGGAAGGAAGUCUGGGGUGCAGAGCUCAGAGGAGGAUAAGUAAUCCCUGGGGACGGACUCAGUGCUAACUGAGGUCAGCAGUUCAGAAUCACCAGUGGUUCCUAGGGAGAAAGCAGAGGCUUUGUGCUUCCAUAAGAGAGUCACACUCUUGGAAACCCUGGGGCGGUUCUGCCCCCUGUCCUGUUGGGUCAUUGUGAGCCAGUGGCAGGGAGUUCAGUUUUUGCUUUUUAGGACACAACUCCAGUAGAAAGGCCCGGAGAGUAGAGAACAGGGGCCAUCCUGGAAGAACACCGGCUUGUGCUUACCCCGUGAGCUGUGGUGGCCCAGUGGGUCACGUGUUGCACUGAUACCCAAAAGGUCUCCAGUUGGGACACACCAGCUCCUCUGUGGGAGAAAGAGGUGGCAGUCUCCCCGGGUAUCCCCUAGCAAGCCGUUUGGCUCUGCUCGCUGGAUCUGCUGUGUGCCGGAACCACUGGGCAGAGGGUUUCUUCUCGCCCUGUGGUGCACCUCCAUCCUGAGGAAGGAGCUAGUUAACACCUGGGCUUGGGGGCUGGAACUUGGCCUUGCCCCAAGGGCUGGGGAUUUGUGGUUCAACAUGUGGGCUGCUGACCACCAGCUGCACCGAGGGAGAGGGAUGCAGACGUUCUACUCCCGUGAAGAGUGACAGUCCCGGAAACUCUGGAAUCAGCUUGAAGGCAGCAAGUGUGGGGGCUUGCUUGUUUGUUUUCUUUAAAUAACGGUGCCAGGAGCCACUGGCUAGUGAAGGAGGGGAUGGAGUGAGAACGUCUUGCUCUUGGCCCUGGGUGGGUCGGGACCACCUGCUCUGGGGUCUUUUCUUCCCGAGUUCUGAACUCCAGACCAGGCUUCCUUGUGUGUGUGUGAGGGGACCCCGGCCCCCAGCCUGUGAGUACUGAGGGUCGUGUGCGUCGUCUCCAGCAGAGUGACAGCCAUUCAGAGGCCAGGGCAGUGACUGCAGAACCCUGUCAAGGGCCAUUUCCCCUUCCCCAUGCCACUCACACACACACACACACUGGGUGGGUUUGAACCGUCGGUCUUUUGACUCGCAGCUGAGCGGGGCAUGUUGCACCGAGUGAACGUGUAUUGGGGCCCUUAGAAGUGGGAUGGAGCGGUGGGUGAGCCAAGAGCUGUGGAAGGCAGGGCCGAGGGACCUUGUGAGAAGACCUGGACGUGGAGCAGCUAGGAAAGGACUCGUUCCUACCUCGUUGGCCGCCCUCUGCCCUGCUCUGCGUUUCCUCAAAAGGACCUCUACAUGCUUUGAGAGCGUGCAGUCAAGAAACUUGGGGGCAUCCCCUCUUUCUCUGCCUGAAGCUAGUUUCCCAAGGGUUUCCCUCCGCUCCCCGUUGGCCCGGUUUUCCUCAGGGGACAGGCUCACCAGGGAUGGUGUUCUGCCGUUCCGUGAGCCGGGUAACAGGGACUCACUCCACUUCUGCUUGUCUUCCUCGCUUCCCAAGAGCGAGACUCGGUGUUAGCAACCCCCCUCCCAGAUACGUCCUAAAACAAUGUCUGCCAGAUGUCCACCGGUUUUACGGGGUGGCCUCCCAGCCACUUUAGUCUGAAGAAGGCCAGGUGCUUGCCCUGGUUCUCUGGGUGCUCCCAGAGCCAGACUCCAGCUCCCAGUGUCUCCCCAGCAGCGGGCAUGGGGGGCAGGGGGGAUGACUGCCUUCUCUCCUGAGGGCCUUCCGUGCUCCUCACCCUCUGGAAGCUGCUGUCCUCUGCUUACUCCGUCCACCAGGCCAGAAAGUGAAGGCAGCGGGAGGGGGAGUUCUCCUGAGUGUCCCUUCUCCCCUGUCCUGACCGGGGCCCAUCAGUGUCCACAGUCCUCGGGGCGGGCCUUCUGGAAGCCAGGGCCUCUGUAGAGUCUCGGCACUCCCUCUCCUGAGCAAUGUCAGACACAACCUGGGUGGUUUUCCUGGAGUGGGGACACAGCGCGCAGUCAGUGCCCCAAAUGCCUGCAGGGCUGUGGUGUAGAGAAAGAAUGACCCUUACUCUUGCGGGGGUUCCUACCCACUGGCCACUCGGAGGAAGAAAGAUGAGGCUGCCUGGCCCCAGGUGGCACUGUUGGGGUGAGCAUCAGGCUGCUAACCUCAAGGCCACCAGUUCAGUCCCGGCAGCUACCCCGUAGGAGGAAGUCGAGACUGUCUGCUCCCGGUGAGAUGUGCCGACUUGCAGGGCUGGUGAGAGCAGAGCCGAGUGGACUUGGUGGCCGUGGGCUGGGGUUUGGGGUGUUCUGUGAACCCUCCUUGAAUUCGGCAGGGGAAGCUUUCUCGCUGGCCGUCCCCCCAGUGGAUGGCUUUGUGAGGUGGCUGUGUCAUCUCCAGAGUGACUGACAGAGGCUGUGGUAGAGGGGCCCCUGGCUGGGGAGCGUGCCCGGCCCUCUCUGGUCCCAAACAGCCGCCUUCUACCUUCAGGCGCCGUGCUUCAGGGAGUGGCUGCAGUCUGUCUGUCUCCCCACUGCCACUCCAGGUGAGGUGCCUCUGGUGAAGCCUUUGUCCCACGAGUCGUCCUUCCCUGUCACCGAGGGCCUGGGAGUUGAUGGGUGCUGUGGAGGAGGUCUGCUCCGGCCUCCCACCCUGCCACUGACUGCAGCCUCCGCCCUCCUGCUGCCUGGACGCCACCAGGGAUGAACCACUGGCUGACCGCCGCCCCUCUUGUCCCUUAGAGGGCCUCCCACCGCGCUGCCUCUCGAGCCGCCGGAGGAAAAGUCACUUUGCCCGGUCACUCGUCGCUCUCGGAUGUGAAGGUCCCUUCUGGUCACUCCUGAGGUCAGACUGGUGUCCAGGAGCUGGGGAAGUCUCACUCACUCAGCAUACGCCGUGUCAGAAGAGAGGCCAGCUUGGCCAGGUCAGUCUGGGCUGGUGGCGGGAAGGGGGUGUGCCUGCCUGGAAGCCCGAGGACCACGCGCUUCUGGUUCUCUGUCUGCCCCCAGUUCACCCGUGCUGCUGACUCCUUGUGUGGCUGUCUCAUGGUGUGAAUUGCCGCGGGCUCAGCUAUCAGAGUGAACGCCAGCCCCCUGCCUCUACCCGUCCCUCCCACCGUGAGGAUACUCACCGGCUGCACGAUGGCAGCAGAGACCCUCAACUUUGGGCCUGAGUGGCUAAGGGCCCUUUCCAGCGGGGGCAGUGUGGCCUCCCCACCCCCGUCUCCAGCCAUCCCCAAAUACAAGCUAGCGGACUAUCGCUAUGGGCGAGAGGAGAUGCUGGCCCUCUACGUGAAGGAGAACAAGGUCCCUGAAGAGCUGCAGGACAAGGAGUUUGCUGCCGUGUUACAGGAGGAGCCGCUGCAGCCGCUGGCGCUGGAGCCUCUGACGGAGGAGGAGCAGAGAAACUUCUCCCUGUCGGUGAACAGUGUGGCUGUGCUAAGGCUGAUGGGGAAAGGGGCUGGCCCCCCGCCAAGCGGCACCUCCCGUGGGAGAGGCAGCACCAGAAGCCGAGGCCGUGGCCGAGGUGACAGCUGCUUCUACCAGAGAAGCGUUGAGGAAGGUGACGGGGCCUUCGGAAGGAGCCCCCGGGAGAUCCAGCGCAGCCAGAGCUGGGAUGACAGAGGCGAGCGGAGGUUUGAGAAGUCGGCCAGGCGGGACGCAGAACCCCCCUUCCUGCUGCCAGCACGCUCGGGGUUUGAGGAGAGUGGAGCCGGCCUUCGGAAGGAGCCCACCCGCUCAGACAGCGAGAACUGGCGCUCUCUCCGUGAGGAGCAGGAGGAGGAGGAGGAGGGCAGCUGGAGACUCGGGGCAGGCCCCCGGCGAGAUGGUGAUCGCUGGCGCUCGGCCAGCCCUGAUGGUGGGCCCCGAUCUGCUGGCUGGCGGGAACACGGGGAGCGGCGCCGCAAGUUUGACUUUGAUUUGCGUGGGGAUCGAGGUGGGUGCGGUGAAGAGGAGGGCCGAGCUGGGGGAGGCGGCUCUCACCUCCGGAGAGGCCGUGGGCCCGACGGCUUUGAGGACGACAAGGACGGGCUCCCGGAGUGGUGUUUGGAUGACGAGGAUGAAGAGAUGGGUACCUUUGAUGCCACGGGGGCCUUCCUGCCUCUCAAGAAGGGCCCCAAGGAGCCAAUCCCUGAGGAGCAGGAGCUGGACUUCCAGGGGCUGGAGGAUGAGGACGGCGAACCUUCAGAGGGGCUGGACGAAGAGGGGCCCGAGGCAGCAGGUGGGAAGGAACUGGGCCUACUGCCUCUUCAGGAAAAGUCGCCCAGCUCCCCGUCCCCCCUGCCGACCCUGGGCCCCCUGUGGGGAACAAAUGGAGAUGGCGGUGACCCUGUGGAGGAUCUGCCAGCCACCAAAGGAGAUGAUAUGCGGGGCAUGCAGCUGAGCCACGGCGUGGGCUCCCCCCCAGGGCCACCUGGAGAUCUGGAGGAUGACGAAGGCUUGAAACACCUGCAGCAGGAGGCAGAGAAGCUGGUCGCCUCCCUACAGGACAGCUCCUUGGAGGAGGAGCAGUUCACAGCCGCCAUGCAAGCCCAGGGCCUGCGACACUCAGCGGCCGCCACCGCGCUGCCCCUUAGCCACGGCGCUGCCCGAAAGUGGUUUUACAAAGACCCACAGGGGGAGAUCCAAGGCCCCUUCACGACCCAGGAGAUGGCCGAGUGGUUCCAGGCUGGCUACUUCUCGAUGUCACUGCUCGUGAAGCGGGGCUGUGACGAGGGCUUCCAGCCCCUGGGUGAGGUGAUCAAGAUGUGGGGCCGUGUGCCCUUUGCCCCAGGACCCUCACCGCCCCCACUGCUGGGAAACAUGGACCAGGAGCGGCUGAAGAAGCAGCAGGAGCUGGCGGCUGCUGCCUUGUACCAGCAGCUGCAGCAACAGCAGUUCCUUCAGCUGGUCGGCAGCCGCCCACUCCCGCCAUGUACGCUCCGGGAAAAGGCAGCUCUGGGAGACCUGCCGCCGCAGCAGCAGCAGCAGCUCACAGCGUUCCUGCAGCAGCUCCAGGCUCUCAAACCCCCCAGAGGUGGGGACCAGAACCUGCUCCCGACGAUGAACCGGUCCUUGUCGGUGCCAGAUUCGAGCCCCCUCUGGGACGUACAUACCUCAGCCUCAUCACAGUCAGGUGGUGAGGCCAGUCUUUGGGACAUACCAAUGAACUCUUCAACUCAGGGUCCAAUUCUUGAACAACUCCAGCUGCAACAUAAAUGUCAGUUCCAGGAGCGCCGGGAGGUGGAGGAGCGGAAGCGCAGAGAGGAGAAGCGUCGCCAGCAGCAGCAGCAGCAGGAGCAGAAGCGGAGGCAAGAGGAGGAAGAGCUGUUUCGCCGCAAGCAGGCGCGGCAACAGGAGCUGCUGCUGAAGUUGCUGCAGCAGCAGCAGCAAGCAGCCGCACCUGGCCCUGUGCCUCCUGCGCCCAGCUCCCCACCCCCGCUCUGGGCCAGCCUGGCUAAGCAGGGCCUCUCCAUGAAGACGCUGCUCGAGCUGCAGUUGGAGAGCGAGCGGCAGCUGCACAAGCAGCCCCCGCCUCGAGAGUCCACGCGGUCCCAGGCCCCAAACCACCGCCUGCUUGGGGGCCUGGGUGCUGCCCCCCUGUCCCAGUGGGUAGCGGAGACUGGGCCCCUGUGGGGCGGUCCUGACAAGAGUGGGGGCAGCAGUGCUGGCGGCCUGGGGCUCUGGGAGGAUGCAGUCAAGACUGGAGGCAGCCUGACCCGCAGCCUUGGCUUGAAGAACAGCCGGAGCAGCCCGUCUCUCAGCGAUUCCUACAGUCACCUGUCCGGUCGGCCCGUGCGCAAGAAGACAGAGGAGGAGGAGAAGUUGCUGAAGCUGCUGCAGGGCAUCCCCAGGCCCCAGGACGGCCUCACCCAGUGGUGCGAACAGAUGCUGCACACGCUGAGCUCCGCCGGCAGCCUGGACGUACCCAUGGCCGUAGCGAUCCUCAAGGAGGUAGAAUCUCCCUAUGACGUCCAUGACUUUAUCCGUUCCUGCCUGGGGGACACGCUGGAAGCCAAAGAAUUUGCCAAACAGUUCCUGGAACGGAGGGCCAAGCAGAAAGCCAGGCAGCAGCAGCAGCAGCAGGAGGCUUGGCUGAGCAGUGCCUCCCUGCAGACAGCUUUUCAGACCAACCACAGCACCAAACUCGGCCCUGGGGAGGGCAGCAAGGCCAAGCGGCGGGCCCUGAUGCUGCACUCAGACCCCAGCAUCUUGGGCUACUCCCUGCACGGACCUUCCGGUGAGAUCGAGAGCUUGGAUGACUACUGACCAGCCCCCGGGGCUGUCGGCCAGGGCCAGCGAGCGGCAGCAGCCUGGACCCUCCUCGGGUCCGCAGCCUGCAGGCCUCCCCACAGGGAGCAUAGGAGAAGCGGGGGCAGGGUCCCCAGCACUUGUUACAAACCACACAAUGCACCUUAACUCACCCACCACGAGGCACUUUACAGAUUGGGGGGAGGGGUUCUUGUUCUUGUUUCUUGUUUUGUUUUUUUUGUUUUUUAACAACAUUGAAGAAAACGUUAGGAAAGACAAUAAAAACUAAGAACUAAACUCUAAGCACCCCUCCCCCACGUCCAGGGGCAGUGGGAGUGACAGUGGAAGGCCGACAGAGGAUUUUUUGUUUUGUUUUUUUGUUUUUUGUUUUUUUAAGAAAAAAAGGAAAAAAAGAAAAAGAAUGGCUGGGGGUGGGUGGGGAAGGAUACGGAAAAGAAAUGACACACUGUUCAUUUGGGACAGUGGGGACACAGGCCCCAUGGAUCUGUCCUACCUGCCCCCUCCCGCCCCACCCCCCAGGCUGCACUUACCCUCCCUGCCCCUUUAAGGCGGGCCACUGGGGUAACUGGAAGCUGGGGGGCCAGCAGUUUGCACAGCGAGGCCCCCUGGGAGCCCCGCCUGCCGGACCCGCUGUGAAGGGCGCCCCUGGGGUGGUGACCGGCUGAGGUGUGCAGGGCAGGACCCAGAGGCUCCCUUGGCUUCACUGCGUUGGGGAAAGUUGCACAAAUUGGAUGAGCUGCCUCCGAUCCCCAGGUGACUGCCCUGCACUGGCUGCCGGGUAGAUGGGAAAGGCCAGGCCAGUGCCAACCUCAUCUGGCCGUGGGCGGCAGAACUUUUGCCUCUAGCUCUGGGGAGGGCUUCCCCCACCACUGCCAUUUGGGGGAAGGGCCUGGGUGUGAGGCUGAUCGCACCAGCUCCCUGCCUUGCCACAUGAAUGUAUUCUCUGGGCCACCAGCCUCUGCCUCGCUCCCUCCAGGAACCAGAGGGGCACCACUUCACGGACUGAGCUGGUGCUCCUCGGAAGGGGCAAGCUGGGGGCCGAGAGGAGUGAGGGAGGGGCAGCUCGGGUUGGAGGGAGGGGUGGAAAAGGAGUUGUCCCCCCCUUCACCUCUGCUGCCUGCUGUGUGGAACAUGGACCACCCACCCAGCUCUGCUCAGACCACCCCCUCCAUCGACCAAAUGGGAGGAGUCAGUGACCCCUGCCCUCCACUGGUUUUUUAAUGUUACGUGAGGUUGGGGGUCGAGAAUAGAAGUGUGGGUCUCCUAAGUCAGGAGGAGCUGCCCUUCCUAUUUCUGACUGACUUAUUCUGAAUCACCUACCUGGUUUGUCUCCAUCUGUUGUUUUGUGGGUGUGCGCGCGCGUACUUUUUAAAUGGUUUUGGUUUCUCUAACUUCUCCCAUCGACCUCAUUGCUCGGAGCGCAGUAUUAUGGCGGGCAAACCCCUGCCACUGCCUCUCCUCCAUGAAUGUAUUUCUCCUCCCAGCCCUGGGGACACGGCCAGUGGCAACUCCCCGGUAGAUUCCUUCCUCCUUCAUCCCCAGAGACUUUUUUUUUUUUUUUUGCACCAAAGUGGCACCUGGGUCAGUGUUGGGUCAGGCUGGCCUUGGAGGUAGAAGGGCGCCCUCCGCCUGCUGCUCCCCGGUUUCAACAGUGUUCGAGUCCGUGAAAAGACAAUAUUCUCUCUAAAGCAAUAAGGGGGUGAUGGGCCAGGGGGGGAAUGUCUCGCUGCUGCUGGCCCCCCAGCUCCCCCUUUCCUCUCACCAGUGUUUGGUGGCAUUUGGGGAGUGGGGGGACUACUGUUGUGACUGAAUGUAAUCCCCCCACCCCUGCCGCAGCCAAUGCAGGGGGAGGGGCACGAAACUCUUCCUGUCUCUUCCUUCCCCUCAGCUGAAGAGACUUUGAACUUUGGGGGCCCUUGAGCCUGGAGAGGCCUUAACCCUGUGAGGAAUUGUAGGGGGAGCCCUCACCGACCCCCAUCCCCUUCUGAGAGUGGUCAAUGUUUACAAGCCCCUGAGCCCCCCAGCCCCAGGGGGUGGGCACGGGCUCCAUCACCAUCCUUUCCAAUCCCAGUCUUUCGGGCCCUAGCUGCUCCCCAGCCCUCCUCAAGGCUGGAGUUGAUGCAGGGCCUCUUCCAUAUCCCCUUGUCCCCAGGAUCUCCCUCCCUCCCCCCUCCUCUGUGUGACUUCCCAUCUUUUCCUUGCCCCUGUAAAUACCCAUCCCCCAAUAAAACUUGGUGUGUGUUCCCCCUUUA